AUGCCAUCCACUUCCCGAAGGCUGUUCGUACUCUCUCCGGAGGAACGCCAUCAGGAAUACCAAGUUUACUCCGAUGUCAGGAUAGACUUAAUGAUCGCCACAAGGAACUCCGGGCAUCCCCAGUCCCGAUCCAAACGAAACUCGACGGUCGGCAUGUGGAUGCACUUGGACCGAAAUCUCCCCUACGCCGAAGGUACGAUGCGAUUGGUUCAGAAGAAAUGGACGAAUCAGACUAUGUUCCGAUUUCACCCAGAACCACAAACUCAUACCAUUCGGCAGGGUCAUGACCUUCUAGACAAGAGUAGCCUAGCUCCCGGUCUGAUAGAGAGGAUGAUCGGCAGAAGAGAGGCCUUGGCAAAACCUCUGACCGAACCACAGGUCGAGAAAUGCAAAGACAUAGUGCCCGCCAACCAAUUGGUCCCCAGACAUCAGAACCCUUCUGCGACGACCUCCCCCCUGCCGAUCCUACUAUCCGCCUCCUCCUCUAGAAGGUCAACCGGAUUAAGGAAGAAUAGAACCAAAAUCGGACACCAACUCGAGGAAAGGUACAACUGGGACUGUUCACUAGCUGAAUCUGAAUCUUCCAACAUGACAAAGAAGUCCAAGCACUCCGAAUAUCAUUUUACACAAGAGUGGAAGAUCUUGUGA